AUGGGUGCAACAUUAUCUUCAACUUCUUCCUCUCCAACUUCUAUUGAUGGAAGAGAAAAUUUAAUAAAGCGAAAUAAUACAUCAGCAUACAAUCAUUUAUUUGUUACACCUGGUAAUUCAAAAAAUAAAAAUAAUAAUUUUUUAUUUGACUCUAAAAAUCGACAUUUAUCUCUUUCUUCAUCUUCUUCUAUGCUUGGUAUUGCAUGGAACUUUGCCAAAAAAACAACUACGGGAAUUCCUAAUAAAGAAAAAAGAAAUAUAAAUAGACUAUCAUCCUCUAGUUCAGUGUCAUCUGCUUUAUCAAAAUCUCAUGAUUCUGCUGCUUCUUUAACAUUUAAUUCAAGUUUUUCAAUCAAUUCAUCAAAUGAUCAAUUAUCAGCAUACUCUUCAACUGCAUCAAAUUCCUCUUCAGGUGAUAGCGGUAUUGUAAUAUCCAGAAAAGGAAUAACAUCUAAUGAAUCUUAUCUUGAAAUAGAUGAAAGAAAUAAUAAUAUUUUAAAUAAUAUAUGCCCUUUAAAUACUAAUGAAAAAUUUAUUUGUACUAGAAAAAAAGAAUCAAUUUUGUCAAGUAGAAUAAUGUCUGUACCAAUAAAUAAUAUAAAAAAAGGAAGUUCCAAAGUUCGUGAUCAUAUUUUAGCUAUGACAAGAUCAAAAUCAACAGUCAUGCGUACAGAAGAAAAUGGAAAUAUGAUUAUAAAUCGUGAUAGUUAUAAUAUUGAAAAUAAAUUUAAAAAUAAUUUAAAAUUAUCCUCAACAGUUAAUGAUUAUGAUAAAAAAUUAAGUCAAAAUAUUGAAAAUAAUUUAUCUAAACCAUUAAAAAAUGUUAAUUUAACAAAUAGAAAUAAUAAUUCAAAUUUAUAUAAUACUGCAAUAUUUAAUUUUGGUAUUAAAAAUGAUAAUAAUGUUAUAGAUAAGACAAGAAAAAGGACAAUUAUACAAGCAUCAACAACUGAAUUAUUGAAAGGUGUUUCAUUAUUGAUAACAACUAAAUGUUCUCAUAAAGUACCAGAUUUUUUUUCUAAUCAAUUAACAAUGUGGUUAAGAAGUGUUGAUAGAUCUUUAAUUGUUCAGGGUUGGCAAGAUAUUGCAUUUUUAAAUCCAGCUAAUAUGGUAUUCUUUUUUAUGCUUUUAAGAUCAAUGCUUAAUGAUGAAGAAACAUUUCCUGUAAAUAAUUUAGAAGAUCUUCAAAUGAUUGUCUUUACUUGUUUAUUUAUUAGUUAUAGUUACAUGGGUAAUGAAAUUAGUUAUCCAUUAAAACCAUUCAUUUCACAACAAGAUCGUUCGAAAUUUUGGGAUAUGUGUGUUCAGAUAGUUAAUAAAUAUUCUGGAGAUAUGCUACAAUUGAAUACAUCAGCUACAUUUUUUACUCAAGUUUUUAGUGAUCUCAAAAAUUUUGCAACAAUUGCUAACAAUUAA